AUGGCCAUAGAUCCGCCAGAAUCGCAGCCUUUGCCGGCGGCUCCCGCGAGGUUGCCUCCGGGCAUGAUCCUAGACAAAGAUGGCAAACCGUGCCGAUCUUGUAAUUCGAAGGCCUCUUUCAGCCAAUGGGCCCAACACACAAAAUCCUCGCUGAAAUCAGGCGUAGGUGCCGCGGCCGGGGCUACCGCUGCAGCCGCUGCUGCGACGACUGUCACCCCCAAUUCCUUACAAGUGGCCGAUGAUUGUCCGCCCGACGUCGAGGCCCUAGGCCGGAGCACUUGGACUCUCUUACAUACCAUCGCCGCGAACUAUCCAAAGUCCCCAAGUUAUAGGGAACAAUCAGACCUUAAAACCUUCAUGGGUGUAUUUUCGCGACUAUAUCCUUGCUGGGUGUGCGCCGAAGACUUCCAGCGAUAUAUGGAGAAGGAACAGAUCAGAGUUGACAGCCGAAACGCGUUCGGCACAUGGCUGUGCGAAGCCCACAACGCCGUCAAUACUAAGCUCGGCAAGCCCGUCUUCGACUGCUCCAAAUGGGAAGAAAGGUGGCGAACUGGUUGGAAAGAUGGACGGUGCGAUUAG